AUGUGCUUAGUCGUUGUCGAUGAAGAGGUCCUGGAUGUAGAGAUCCAUGUGGUGCGCGAGUGCCGGAGCACCGUCGGCCACGUCGUCUUUAGGUACCCAGGCUCUAUAAUUUGUACAAAACCGAUGGAAAGUUCUAAAUCUCCUCAAUCAUCAAAGAACAGUCAGAUUACGGUGCCUUCUGAAAGUAAUGGCCUCCGAUUUGACAAUGACGAGUUUUCUUCAGAAACUGCAUCAAAUCAAAUGGUUGUUUUCAACUCUGAAGCAGGAGAUAAAGAGCAAGAUGAACUGGGAGAAAACCGUUUGCAGAAGUCAGUCAUAACAAGGGGGAUAUCUCCAUCUAUUGGAGCAUUCACUGUCCAAUGUGCUAAAUGUUUUAAAUGGAGGCUUAUCCCAACGAAAGAGAAGUAUGAAGAAAUUCGUGAACGUAUUAUACAGGAACCUUUUUUAUGUAAAAGAGCUCGUGAAUGGAAACCUGAUGUAACAUGCAAUGAUCCAGAAGAUAUAUCUCAGGAUGGUAGCAGGCUUUGGGCUAUUGACAAACCCAAUAUUGCACAACCCCCUCGUGGAUGGGAAAGGCAGAUUAGGAUAAGAGGUGAAGGGGGUACCAAAUUUGCUGAUGUAUACUAUACCUCUCCUACUGGAAGGAAACUUAGGUCUCUGGUUGAAAUUGAUAGGUUCCUCCAAGAGAAUCCAGAGUAUGUUGCACAGGGUGUAACUUUAGCUCAGUUUUCGUUCCAGAUACCUAGACCUCUGCGGCAGGACUAUGUUAAAAAGAAACCGAAGUUGAUAAAUCCAAGUGAUGAAGCAAGUACAAUUACUUCUAAGUCUUUUCAACCAGAAGAAGUGAACCCCAUAGCCUGGGCAGUUCCUACAGCACAUGAGGGUGAUGCCAGUGAAGAAGCUUCUCUCGCUGAUGAGACACUUGCAUCAGAAGAAGUAGUGCUAACCCGGAAGAGAAAAGUAGAAAGCUCUUCGUCAGUAGAGCCAAACCAUCUCUCUGAUGAACUUGAACCAAAGUUGGCGGAUGCUCAGAACGGGGAGACGUCUAACUGA